AUGUCUGAUUCACGCUCGUCUAAAUCGGUAAAAUCCAUUCGGACCACUCAUUCUGACUGGACCACUGAGGAAUAUCGAUCAAUGGCGAUCAAACUGGCCAGCUCAGGUGAUGUGUCACGGUUGGAUGCACUGGUAAAUUUGUGGGCAGCGGACCAGUGCCCUGAUGCGAGAUCGUCUAAACGAGAUCCGAAAAGUAGUUUGACCGCAAAACGCCUGUUGGCCUCGGUACGGGACAGGAAAGGACGUACGCUACUUCAUUUAGCCGCCCGGUUUGUCCAUCCGGAUAUGAUAGUGUAUGUCACAAAAUGCUUCUCAUCUCUGGUAAACAUCUGCCCACGGGACGAUGAGUCAUCUGUUAACCGUUAUCUAACCUUGUUUACCAAGCGUUGUUUUCCUUGA